AUGAAAACCACUACUGUUGAUGUAGAUGGUCUAGCCAAGUCCAAUAUUGGUGGCCAGAAAUGGUCCAUGACCAAAUUCAAUACCCUGUACAGUAUCAAGGAUGUACACAUCGCAGACACCCCCGGCACCAAUGACACCGAGGGAGAGGCAGUUGAUCUCGCUAGCUCUGUUUCAACUACCAACGGCAUCCAAGCCUCCAAGUCCGUGCGACUAGUGCUCGUCCUCUCACGACAUGACAUUGAUGGCAACAAAGGAAAGGAGUUCAGCGAUCUCCUCGAAUAUGUGGCCAACAUGGUUCGAAACCUGGCCACCAACAUUCAAUCAAUAACUGUUGUCUUCACCAGGAUGGAUGCUAAUCAAUCUCUGAGCACACAACAUGGCGAGAUCCUGAGAUGCAUUAUCGACCAACUCAACUUUGAGCAGGACAUGGAUUCCUCCAGUUUGAGAAUGACUCUGAUCGAACAGAUAUUCAAGGGUGCCCAAGCCAAAUACAAUCAAGUAGAGAACAAUAUCCAUAGUCCUGAUUCCAACAUCAUCCAUAUCGCCAACCCUCUGGACCCCAACGACCGUGACAAUCUCCUGUCAAUCAUCAUGUCCAAGCCGCCAAUCACCGACCCUCAGGUGGUGUUUAAGUACAACAUCUCGACUGCCUCCCAGAACUACAUUGAGAGUGUCGUAUACAAGAUUGAGAACACUAUCAAGGAUGCCAUCGUCUUCAAGGACUAUGAGGCAUUGAGGGAGGCCCUUGAGGUCCUAGGCCUGCUCAACACCAAUCUUGGACUCAACAUACUUGAUACCUCAUACCGUUCAUCAUUCUCAGAUAUCACAAGACACCACAGCCAGCUCGUACAAUCCACAAAGGACAGUCUGACUGAGAGUCUCAGGCUGGGUGGCAUCUUCAAUCCAUUGUCACUCAAGUCACUCACUGACAACAUCAUGAACAUCAUGAUCCAAGUGGGUGAGCAUUUGACCAACGUUGAGACCCACGAACAAGUGUUGGACUCUUUGGUUCAGAUUGCCACCGAAUGUCAGCUCUCAUUGAAGGACAUCAACGAGUAUGGAUCAAUCAAAUCUCAGUUGGGCAAGCUUGAACAACUCUCUCUUCUUGGCGCAUGCUUCCAUCCAGUGUUUGAUCAAGCCAAACAAACAAUCUCCGAGCGUGUCAGGUUACUGUUUGAUGAGUUCAACACCUGUCUUGACAACUUCAAAUGGGAGGACAUUGCCUCCGUCCUGACUGCCAUUCAAAACACAAUGGUAGUCCAAGUCUACAUCAACAACUUUGACAUCAACGAGCUGUAUCAGUUGGCAAUCCAGAGGAUUCAAUCUUCGCUCGCCCAUCUUCUUGAUCGUAUCACCAAGACCAUCAAUGGUGAUAUGCCCUCAACAAUCGAUAUUGAGAGCAUCCACCGCCAAUGGACACUUUUGGUUGAGGCAUCAUCAUGCUCUAGACUUGGAGAACACCUUGGCAUAUCCGUAGAAUCAACAUACAUCGAUCCUGCCAUUUCCUUGAUCUCAAAGUAUGUUUUAGACAUGCUGAACAAUCUUGAGAACAGGAACAUCGACUCGGUCAGGCUGUGCUCAUCCUUCCAGAAGACCUCUACGAUCAGAUCGUUUGACUCGAGGAUCAGAGACAUGACGAAUCCGGAAUACAAGGAGGCGCUGAGGAUUGUUGAUAAAAAGAUGGAUGACUUGCUCAGUGUCUUAAGACAAACAGUUGAUAAGGACAACGCCCGUGCACUGACGACCGUCUCCUCUCAGCUCCGAGAGAUCAACAGGUACUCGCAGUUGGAUCAGUUCCUAUCUGAACCCAGAUGUUUGCCAACCUACUUGGACUCACUGGACGUUGUGCUUAAUCAAGUGCUGGAUUUGGGUAUGACCAUUUGCGAAGCCAUCCAGGGCUCUGACUUUAAGACGGCUUCCUCACGAAUCAAGAACCUGUGCAUCUUGGUCGAUGAACUUGGAUUCAGUGAGUCAUCUAAACUCACAGAGGAGCGCGCCCUGCUCGAGAAGAUCGCCAACACCAAAGCCAAGAUCAAUGAGUUCUUUAGCCAAGCAUGCACUGUUGACCAGGUAGCCAUGUCGGACUCAAUCAAGAAUGGAAGGUGGGCAAGGUUCAAGCGAGAGUUUGAGAAGUUGAAUCACUUCAGGACAUGCCCACUCUUUCCAUUUGUAUCCACUACCCUGUCAGCGAUCGAGAAGGAACUCAAAGACACAUUUGAUGAAUGGGUCACCAUCAUUAAGACCAAGCUGGCCGAGGACAAAUAUGAGGAGGCAUCUGAACUUGCCAACCGUAUCAAUAAUGCAAAGAACAUCGAAACCAUCUCCACCAUCAUUGGCGACGACUACUUCAUGGAAUUGAGCGAUCAUAUUAACAAGACCAUCGACAACUUCAUCAAAAAGAUGCGCAACCACCUGUCCGACAACAACCUCAUGGAGUUUGCCACCCAAAGACAAUCGCUCAAUGACCUCCUCAGUCUUCCAAAUACAAAGGUGGAACUCCACAAGGUGAUCAGUGGGCUCCACAUUGAAUUCAAAUCGAGCCAAGACUCCAAUGUUGGCAGCGUUGUUGAAUUCCUUAAAUCUCGCGACUACGACAACAUCAAGAGCAAUGUGGUCAGCUUCACUCCAGGCUCCGUUGUUCACACAGAUAUCAUGUCCAAGACAAUUGCCGUCUUGAGCACUGAGGAGAAGAACCUACUCAUGAAGGCCAACAGUCUGGACAUGGCCGUCCCUCAAGACAACGAUAUUACACAGUAUAUCACAAUGUCAUUGGAUCUCUCAUCAUUCUACAAUGCUGCCAUAUUGGCUGAUGAUCUACUCUCGGGCACCAACAGAUAUGACAUCAUAUCCAAGAUCAAGGGCAUCCAGGACACCCUUUGCAGGAGCAUUCAAUCAUUGUGUGAGAAACAGAGAGUUGCGAUCAAUAUCCAUAACUUCAACGAGGCAUGUUCAUAUUCCAAUCGAGUCAAGGAGAUAGUCAACAGGAUAACCGGCCUGUCAAACAAGGAGAUGGACGUUGAAUUGGCAAGACUCCUGGAAAUAUCAAAAUCAAUGAUCACAGACGCCCUCAACAACCUGGAUGAUUCAUUGUUUAAACUGCCCUCUUACAGUUACAAGAGUAUCCUUGAGGCACUCAAGCAAGCAACUGGCACAGAUUUGUCUUGCUCCACCAAGUUCACCCAGCUGCAGGGCGCCUACAUUGAGAUACUCUGUGCCAAGGUAGAGCCAAUUCACCAAGAUAUUGUCAAUGGAGACUGCAACUCUGCCAAGAUCAAGGUUGAGAGCAUAGAGGCAGAAUUCACCGAUAUGUCCAGAUUGUUCACUUUGCCCAAGUAUAUCAUUGACAACCUCAAGAGGGACAUUGAGAACACCGUCACCAAACAAGAUGAGACUCUCAAGAGCUGUAUUGCCGACGGCAACUUUGAUAGGUUGGCCAACAACAAUCUAAGUCAGCCCACCAUUGUCGCCAUCCGCUCAACAAUCUCAGAGAACUUCAUGACACUGCAGAGUGCUGUCCAUGAGAAGCAUUAUGGCAUAGUUGCCAAACAACUCAGUUGGUUCAAUGGCCUUACCAAGAACAAUGCCAUCAUGACCAUGAUUGGAUCAACAGCCACGCCAGACCUGAAGACAUUGGUUGACAUAGCGUCAAAAUUGUUUGAGGAGAUUGAUGACAGCAUCAGGCAGAAUGCGCCAAGCACCGAUCACUUGGAACACUUCACUGGCUUGUAUCUUCACCUGUCGCCAUUUAUCUCUGACCUGAACAUUAUCAACAAUUCGUUGGUAAAAUGUUUGUACAACUACAUUGGCACAAUCAACAAGAUCAUUCAAGACACCACCACCAGAAUGAGCAAGGAUAUCCUUACCAAGGAGACAAGUCAAUGGGAGAUUGUGGCAACAACACUAUACACACUCAAACAGUACCCUGGCUUCUUCAACAUCACACGAACAAUGUUGCUCAAGUCCAACCUGUCACCUGUGCAAAUGCCUCCAACCUACAAUGACACUCACUCCAAGCUUCAGACGGUCCUUCAGUUCCGUAUCAAGAGCUUCUCCGAUGACAUUGCCAGACAUCAAUACGAGAGAUGUGCAUCAACAAUGAUAUUAACACGAGACCUCACCUACAUACUCAACUCCCUACCCUUGGUCACAGAGGAGAGCAUUGUAACUUUAUCAAAACUCAUCGAAGACCACUCCAAGCAUCUUGUCGCCUCCAGCAAGGUACAGUGGGACAUCCAAUCGUUCACCAACUUUGGAAAGCUGCUUGACCAGGCCACUCUGUUUGAGAAGCACAUGUCCACAGUCCCACAGGUCACACUUGCACCAUAUGGAUCAAUCAUUGCAGUUGUCAGGAGUUCAAUUGGAGAGAUGGUGAUGAUGUCACAACAUCUAAGCACCACUGAUCUUCCAAUGAAGUUGAGGGAGAUCAAAAUCCUUUCAGAUGAGGCUCCAUACGGAUCUAUUAAAGAGAUCGUUGAUGAAUCCAUACACGCAAUCAUUCUCCACCAUAAGAAGAACCAUGGACAUGACUCAAUCAAUUAUAUCGGGCUUGCUCUAACCAGACUUGGUCGGUUGGGCAAGGAGAUUGUAGACGAGUCUCCUCACUUCAAGUCUCUCAAGAACGCCAUGUGGAACAAGAAGACAUCCACUCUCUCACUCGACGACACCCUUGCUGACUUUGAGGGCACCGACAUCAACAAACACCUCCUCAAGACGAGCUACCAGUCCUUUGAGAGGCUAUACAAUAGGCUGACUGAGGAAGGAUUGAGAUCUGAUCAAUCCAUUGAAGUUGAAGUCAGUAAGAUCAUCCAGAAUGCCAAGGUGAUUGCCUCCUCUAUCUCACCCAACAUGAGAGUCGAGAAUGGUGGAAAGUUUAUCAAACUAUUGGCUCACAUCUUUGCAGUGUGGACGUUGGCCAAGUCCGGCGCUCGAUUCAUGGAGGCUGGAGAUGUGAAUGAGCUGUUGAAGCCACACACCAUCCAAGUUCUCAGCAUCAUACGACUGCUGGGUAUUGACAACGAGAAAGGCUGGUUUACAUCGACUGUAAACUCAUUUAUUGGAAUGUCGAGUCCAUUCAUCAAUCACCUCAUUGAGAUCAAGACUGGCGAAGGCAAGUCCGUCACACUGGCCAUCCUCUCACUUCUGAUUGCGCUUCUUGGGUUCGACGUCAAGUGUGUCAGCUACAGCAGUUACUUGUCCAAUCGCGACUACAACGACUUUAUGGAUGUCUUCGUCCUGUUUGGCUGCCAAGAUAACAUCUCGUAUUCGACCAUUGGCCAACUUUGUGAAGUUUUGAUCAAAGAGAAUGGAGAUGUGCGCGAUCUUACAGAGUCAUUCAUCAAGAACAAACUUGUUAAACAAUCACCAAAGCCAUCGCCCAGUCCCCGAAUCUUGCUCGUUGAUGAAGUGGACAUUUUCUUUGGAGAUUCAUUCAUUGGUCACACAUACAAUCCAUCCAUCACACUCAAGUCGCCAGCCAUCACUGCUCUCUUCAGGUACAUCUAUAAAAACCGUGCCUCCAUAACCUUGGCUGCGCUGGUCAAACAGCCAGAAUACACCAAAGUAGUUGGUGAGUUCCUUGGACACGGACCCAUAAUCACCUACUCGAUCAAACAAAUGAUAGAGUGCGUGUCCCUCUUCAAUCAUCCAGCAUACGAGGUCGACAGAGUCAAUCAACGAAUAGGAUACCGCAAACAUGAUGAGAUCUCCUACAUCACCGAGUACACCCACCGAACAAUGUUUGCCUACCUUGCCGAGAAUGAGAAGAAUGUGAUCACUGACAAGACCAUUGACAAGACCAUUGGCAUGAGUGUUGUUUGUGGACAUUUCAGCUACUCCAAGAUCCCAGGCAAGUUCGCAAACAUUCUUGGUGUCACUGGCACUUUGAAGAGUCUCUCACAGCCAGUCAAAAACAUCAUAGAGGGUUUUAACAUCAAGAAGAGCACCUACACACCAUCCAUCUUUGGAAAAACCCAACUGCAUCACAAGGAGAUUGCGGAUGUCAUCAUGGAGGACACUGUCGUGUUAUGGCAUCGCAAGAUUCAAGACAGCAUCUUGGCCGUCAUCAAGGCCGACAGAGCCGCCAUUGUCUUCUUUGAGAAUGAGCAACUGUUGACAGCGUUCCAACAAUCAGAAUAUUGCAAAGGAUUCGACAACAUGGCCAUACUUGUGGAAGGUUCAGAUAAGAAGGAUAACAUCAUCAAGAAGGCUGCCACAGCUGGUCGUGUCACCUUGGCCACGAGCUCAUUCGGCAGAGGUGUGGACUAUUAUGUCCGCGAUGACAAAGUGAUUGAAGCUGGUGGAGUCCAUGUGGUGCAGACCUUCCUGUCAGAGGACAUCACCGAGGAGAUCCAAAUCAAAGGACGAGCUGCACGCCAAGGUCAGAAUGGAUCAUACCAGUUGAUCAUGUGCAAGUCACAUCUGAUCAAUAUGGGCAUCAACGAGACGGAGCUCACGACCAACUAUAAGAGUAAUUCAUUCUACCUCUUCGUCAACAAGGCUAGACAAGGCAUCCAUGAUGCUAAAUGCACCAAGCAGGUUGCCAAUGCCAGAAUUGCUGACGAGCAGGAUGAGCAAUCCGUCGAGUAUCUAAAGGGACUAUUGAGUUACGAUCCAGAGAACAAACACGAGCUGUCCCAAAAAUUGGAAGGAAUAAUAAAGGCAUGA